AGCUGACAUCUAAAGCAAGGAAAUGUUCCUGUACAUUAUAGGUCUCAUAGUCUGCUUCUAUGUCUAUCGGUGGUUCAGAGAACUGGGACGAGUUCCCAAUAAAUCAGAGAAGUUUGUGUACAUCACAGGCUGUGACACCGGGUUUGGGAAUCUCUUGGCCAAACACCUGGACACAAAGGGUUUCCGUGUCAUCGCUGGCUGCUACACGGAGAAGGGAGAAGUUGAGCUGAAGAAGUCCUGCUCUGACAAACUCACAACACUUCAUUUGGAUGUGACUGAUAAUUAUAGCAUAAAAAAAGCUGCAGAAACCAUUAAAACACUGGUGGGAGAGAAGGGUCUGUGGGCUGUGGUCAACAACGCUGGAAUCUCCUUCCCAACUGCUCCCAAUGACUGGCUGGAAAUUGAGGAAUUCAAACAGAUGAUCAAUGUCAAUCUGAUUGGGGUUGUUGCCGUCACUCUGAGCGUGUUACCGCUCAUUAAGAAGGCCAAGGGCAGAGUGGUCAAUGUGGCCAGUGUGUUUGGAAGGAUCAGUACUGUGGGAGGAGCGUACUGCAUUACUAAGUAUGGAGUAGAGGCUUUUAAUGACAGUCUGAGGAGGAACAUGGCACCGUUUGGAGUGAAGGUUUUAUGCAUCGAACCCGGAUUCUUCAAAACAACUGUUACUGACUCUGCUGUCUUUGAGAGCCAUUUGCAGAGAUUAUGGAAUAAAUUGCCUCAGGAGGUCAAGGAUGAGUACGGCAGUGAUUACAUAGACAGAACAAAGACAGUGGUUAAGGAGAGGUAUGAGAAGAUGCUGGAUUCAGAUUUGAUGAAGGUGGUCAGCUGUAUGGAGCAUGCAGUGGCUGCGGUCCAUCCUCGGACCAGAUAUUCUCCAGGCUGGGAUGCCAAGAUCUUCUGGCUGCCUCUCUCCUACAUGCCCACCUUCAUCUCGGAUGCUGUAGUCUUAAAAGAUGCUGUUAAACCCAAAGUGUCAGUUCUGUAAGGAAAAACAGUCAGUUUUCUCUAUGCUGCAGUUAUGGAUGGAAUAAACCAUUUUUCCACUUUCAGGGGGAUAUAUGGUUAGUAAUGAGCAAAAAUAAAUAUUUUUUUAUUUGAACAAAAAUGUAAUUUCAACAGGAUCUAUUUUUCAACAGCAUUUAGAUUGUAGAAAUAAAUUGAAUGUAGAUCAUCUUGACUUUAACAUUUUAUGCAUUAUUUUUUUUUAACUCAAAAAACACAAACAUUGCAAAAACAUUGCAUUUUCAAGCAAACAGCGUGCCCAAAAUAUUUGUGCAAGAUUACAGUAUAUUUUCGCUUAAUGGAUACAUUUUCUGAAAACAAUUGCUAGUAAAAAAUCAUCAUCAUCAAUAAACAUGAAAGGUAUCCUAAUUAUAAAAUGACCCACAGUUAAAACUUUAUUGUACAUUUUUACAAUAUUGCAUAUAAAUAAAAACAACAUUUGAAAAUGUUUUCUAUAACACUUUUGGAGAGUUUAAGAUUUUCUAGAUCACAAAGAAAUAUUUUACCUUUUACAGCAUUUCAAACUUUCCUAUGCAGUACAAAAUACUCUUAUUAUUAUAUAAAAUAUCUCAACUUUCUUUAGAGAAUAUUAAACAAGUGAUAUAAUUAUUUAAGCACAAAACUGAACACUUUUCUUAAAAUUUUAUGUGACAUACAGAGUAACUUUAUCAUACUAGUGAAGCCUGUGUUCUUCAAUUAGCUAUAUCCAAACCUGUCAAAGUGUCAUUACACCACCUACUUUGACCACAGAUUUAGUAAUACAUGGAAACACAACUAAAUAUUGAAUGUUUAGAAGCCAAAGUAGUCCUUAUGGUUUAUUGCACAACCUCAGUGAAUGUAAUAUUGCGUUUGGUGCCCUUUGACCCUGCAGUCCGUCUGUGACCCCUGAUCUCUUCAUCGCACUGGGAUCAGAACAGCAGUGGGAAUCAGGAGUUCAGGAACAAAAGAUCUGCUGGUUUUCACACUGAAGGAGUACUGAUAACUGCUCAUUGUACAUUUGUCAGUUCUGAACACAAUCCGAUAUUUUGUCUUUAUCUUAUUAUUGUAGAAGACAAAGCAGGAAUUAAUGUGUGCAUGGUUUGUUAAUGAAAAUGUCAUUAUUCAAAGCUAUUAAAUUUGCAAUAAACUUUUCCAAAUAAACAUUGACAGAGAAAUGAGGGGUCGUACAAUUACAGUUGCGACGACAACUAUUGCCUGUUGAAUGAUCUGUCUACAAUUACAUUUUUGUUUGGCUUUUAUAUUAAACCUAUAAAUUAUAAAUGUUUCGUUUCUAUAUAUAGCAAAUAGUCUAUACUCCAAAAAAAAUGUAUCAUCCAAUUUUGCAUUAAGCUUAUUUUGUAAACCAACGAGAACCUUAAAGAAAAGCGUGCUUUGUUCACAGUAAUUUUAAUUGCAACUAUAUUAAUAGUUUAACAUGUAUGUUUAUUUAUUUUAUUUUUUAAUCGAAAUGUAGCGUUAUGUUGUUUGUGAGAAUCAGACAGCCAAGCAUUGUGUUUCUCCAUUUGACCGCAAGGUUGUGCACUAUAAUCAGUUUUAAUCUGGUCAGUCCUUCAUGCGUAUAAACUUUCACACAGUUGCACGACAAACUCGUUUGAACGAACUACUAAAUAGGAAUCUGCCAGCCACACUCUUUCAGUCUUAGUGAGGACGCUAAGGGUACAUUCAAAUCUAACAUUUUCUCUCAAAGUGUUGUCACAACUUUUGCUUUCCUGUAUUUUCUUUAAAAGUUAAUAAAGUAUGAGAAUGUGGUGA